AAAUGCUAAAAAGCCUUUGAAAAAAUUGCAAGUGAUCGAUUACCUUAUCCAUCGGACAACCUCGAAGGCCUCUCAGAACUGGUCUAAUUAGGUCAGAAUCAAUCAAAACAAUGAAGGGGAGAUUUCUACGGCGAUGAUUGUAGCAACGUUGGCUUCCUUCACGCCGCCGGUUAAGGCUGCUGGCGAGCUUUCCCCGCGAUUUUCAGAGCUUCGUGGUCUCUCCUCCAUCACUCGUCCUUACAGCCUUAUCUCUUCUGUCAAAUGCCCAUGUCUCAAAAGCCGAAGCUCACACGAAACCACGGAGCUGGAGAGCAAAGAAAGGUUCUCGGUGUUGGCAUCGGGAAUUCCAUGGGAAGAGAGGAACAUAUGGAGCACAUUUGGUGUUUACAUGUUCUGUCUGCAUAUUCCUCUGAGUUUUGGAGGUUUAUCCAUCGUCGCCUACUUCCUUCACCAGCCGGUUCUUGAUCCUCAGACCCAAGUGUUGUCUCUUCUUCUUCUGCAAAUGGUGGAACUUGCAGUGACUGUGUUUCUGCUGAGGAAUACUGCAAAGUCACAUAUCGACUUUCUCAAGGGUUGCGAUUCAGGGAAAGAAAGAAACUGGUUUCUUGGCUCUGCACUGGGUUUCGGCUUUCUCCUCAGUCUUGUCUUCAUCACAUCGAUUGUAGUAGACAAAUUGCUCGGCUCUGAGGCUGCAAACAACAUGGAGGUGAAGAAGAUAGUUGAAGAAGGGGAGGUGGUAUCAAGAAGCGCAUGUUUUGCUCUCUACUGCGUAGUGGCGCCAGCGCUUGAAGAAAUCGUAUACAGAAGGUUUCUGCUGACGUCAUUGUCGUCGGCUAUGAGUUGGGAGAAGGGUCUUCUCACGAGCUCCCUAAUAUUCGCCGGAGCUCACUUUUCAGGGGAGAAUUUCGUGCAGCUGUUCGCGGUGGGAUGCGUGCUGGGGUGUUGCUACAGCUGGACCGGAAACUUGGCCUCCUCACUCCUCCUCCAUUCCCUGUACAAUGCCUUCACCUUGUUGGCCUUGCAAUAAAACAAAAAAGUGGUUUUGCAUCACUAAUUUAUAUGGUAAGGCUGUCUUCGCUGUUAGUGGGGCGGGGUAAUAAAUAAAUUCGCCAUCCUCCA